AUGGUCUUCCAUCUAUUUGGACUCCGGGCCCUGGAGGUCUGGCUGUACGGCCGACUUAUCCGAAGCCCUCUCUUCCAUCAAAUGGUCGGCCGUGUGCACCAGCGAGUGGAACAGAUCCGUCACGGAAUCCCUGCAGAGCCAUCACGGACAUCCCUUCAAGACGGCGACUCUCUUGGCAAAUUUGUGAGGUACUUCAAGGAAGAGAUCAAAGACCAGAUGAAGGGCAAACCUCCCAACAAGCUCUGA